GUUGCGCAUGCGUCACUUUGCAACAAGUAGCCUAGAUGCAUCGGGCAGUGACAAGAAGUCCCAGUGGAGAGCUGCUGGAUCUCCGAGACCAGGACCAGAACAAGAGCGGAAUGGAGGAGGAGCAGCAGAAGCCGGAGCAGCGGAGCAACAAGGUCCCCAGAAGAGCAGCAGCAGGCUCGGCCUCUGAUAGCAGCGGUGUUCAGAAACAGAGAGGAAGAGGGGGACUCGGACAUCAUAGCUGUCAGGACUGUGGCAAGUCCUUCACAAGAUCUGGAAGUUUAAAGAUUCAUCAUAGAGUUCACACUGGAGAGAAACCAUACAGCUGUGAACAAUGUGGGGCAGCUUUCACACAGUUAGGUACGCUCAAAACUUAUCAACUCAUUCACACUGGAGAGAAACCGUACAGCUGUGACCAAUGCGGGAAAACUUUUUCUCUGAGUGGUUACCUUAAAUGUCACCAAUGCAUUCACACUGGAGAUAAACCGUACAGCUGGGAACAAUGCGGAGAAGCAUUCACAACGUUGGGUAGUUUUAAAGCCCACCAACGUAUUCAUACUGGAGAUAAACCGUACAGCUGUGAACAAUGUGUGGCAGGAUUCACACGGUUAGGUGGUCUCAAAAGUCAUCAACUCAUUCACACUGGAGAGAAGCCAUACAGCUGUGAACAAUGUGGGAAAACUUUUUCUCAGCGUAGUACCCUUAAAGUCCACCAACGCAUUCACACUGGAGAUAAACCGUACAACUGUGAACAAUGCGAAGCAGCUUUCUCACAGUUAUCUCUCUUGAAUGCCAACCGACGAGUUCACACUGGAGAGAAGCCUUUUUGGUGUGAACAGUGUGAGAAAACCUUUUCUCAGAGUGAUACCCUUAAAGUCCACAAACGCAUUCACACUGGAGAUAAACCGUACAGCUGUGAACAAUGUGAGGCAGCUUUCACACAGUUAUCUAUCUUAAAUGCCCACCGACGUGUUCACACUGGAGAGAAGUCGUUCUGGUGUGAACAAUGUGGGAAAACUUUUUCUCAGAGUUGUAGCCUUAAAAGACACCAACUCAUUCACACUGCCUCCUCUUGUGUUGAGAACCCGGAUAGAGUCAGCAGUCCCAGUGGAAAGCUGCUGGAUCUCCGAGACCAGGACCAGGACCAGAACAAGAGCGGAAUGGAGGAGGAGCAGCAGAAGCCGGAGCAGCGGAGCAACAAGGUCCCCAGAAGAGCAGCAGCAGGCUCGGCCUCUGAUAGCAGCGGUGUUCAGAAACAGAGAGGAAGAGGGGGACUCGGACAUCACAGCUGUCAGCACUGUGGCAAGUCCUUCACAACAUCUGGAAAAUUAAAGAUUCAUCAAAGAGUUCACACUGGAGAGAGACCAUACAGCUGUGUCCAAUGUGGGGCAGCUUUCACACGGUUGGAUCGCUUAAAAUCCCACCGACGCAUUCACACUGGAGAGAAACCGUACAGUUGUGAACAAUGUGGGGCAGCUUUCACUCAGUUAGAAAUGUUGAAAUCCCACCGACGUAAUCACACUGGAGAGAAGCCGUUCUGGUGUGAACAAUGUGGGAAAACUUUUUCUCUGGGUAGUCAUCUUAAAAAGCACCAACUCAUUCACACUGGAGAUAAACCAUACAGCUGUGACCAAUGUUGCGCAGCAUUCAGACAUUCAAGUAGCUUAAAAUCCCACCAACGUGUUCACACUGGAGAAAAGCCGUUCUGGUGUGAACAGUGUGGGAAAACUUUUUCUCGUAGUGAUAUCCUUAAAUCCCACCAACUCAUUCACACUAGAGAUAAACCAUACAGCUGUGACCAAUGUUGCGCAGCAUUCAGACAUUUAAGUAGCUUAAAAUCCCACCAACGCAUUCACACUGGAGAGAAGCCGUACUGGUGUGAACAAUGUGGGAAAAUGUUUUCUCAGGGUGGUCACCUUAAAAGACACCAACUCAUUCACACUGGCUCCUCUUGAACAUGUUCUAAAGCCAAGCUGUUGUUAGAGAGGAGAGAGGGAACAAAUAGCGUGAGUCAAGACGCUGUUUACUACCCAGAUAACAAAAGAGAGCAGUCCCGAACCCAAAGUAGCCGAGGUCCAGGACCACUUGCAGGCACUAACCUGAUGAUAAAUAUGGAAGAAGAACAAAGUGUGGAAUUUGUCAGAGAACAUAACAUUGGGUCAAAAAGAGCAUGUAAAGAUGACAAGUGAAAAUCAGUGCAGUGAAAACCACGAUGAGUGUAACAUAACAGUUGUUUUCCAAGGAAUCAGAUGAUGAGAUAUUCAUGGUUGAAGCUUGUAGAAGAAAAUGAUUUACCAGUUUUAGUCUCAUUUUAUUCUAAUAUCCUCUUUCUGGUCACUGAUUAAGUUGAUCAUAUUUUACCUGAUUUAUUAAAACAUUUUUAUCUUGUCAAGAGAUGGAAUUUUUGGAUAUAUGACUGUUAUUCAUAUUUUACUUUAUUACUUCAUGUAUUCAUGUGUUUUGUUGAAUAUUGUCAGUUGGGAAUAUUUUUUUUUCCUCUAAUUUUGUUGAAGCUGGUCAUGUUGGUUCAUACGUGUGAGGUCACUUGAAGAGUAGUAACGUAGACUCACUGUAAUCUCAACACUUGAUAUUACCCCGCAAACUAUGAAUAAAUACUGUUUUGACAUACUAUAAUA